AUGAAGACAUUCAACUCUCGUUUCCUUCAACAGCCGCCUCACUUUCGAAUGGUAUCAGUCAGUCUUCCACACUCAAUUCUGAAGAAAGGGGAUUUCAUCAUAUCCCUCGAUCUUCAAGACGCAUACCUUCACAUUCCGAUUCACCCAGAUCAUCGGAAGUAUCUGAGGUUCACCUUCAAGGGCCAUCACUUCCAAUGGAAAGUCCUUCGAUUUGGAAUCUCUAUGGCCCCGUGGCUUCUUACUCGGGUGACCAAAUCCAUCAGCAGUUUACUUCACUCUCGGGGAGUGACCUCCGAAAGCUAUAUCGACAAUGAUAUCCAGGCACAACAGGAUCCAAUCGUUCUUGAAAUCCAUCGGGAGUUCACCAUCAAGCCGCUCAAACAGUUAGGGUGGCUCCUCAAUUACGAGAAGUCGGAGUUAACACCGACUCGCAGACUUCAGUUCAUAGGAGCAGUCUUCGAUACAGAACAAGCCAUGUUGUUUGUUCCCCAGGACAGGUGGACCAAAAUUCAGCGUCUGGUUCCGCUAGCCUUGGAUCACCCCAGAACUCUACGCCAGUGGCAGGAGUUGCUGGGCGUCUUAACGUCAGCUCAGGCUCUGACUUACAGAGGUCAGCUGCAGCUUCGCCCGCUUCAGUUAUUUCUGCGACCUCAUCUUCAAACCAACAACCCUCAGGAGUUGAUUCGGUUACCCAGGGAACUACGUCCAAUUCUGCGUUGGUGGCUCAACGUACAGAAUGUUUGCGCCAGCGUCUCUUUGGUGCCCUUCAGUCCAACCCAUCAGUUGUCUGUGGAUGCUUCUCUCGAAGGUUGGGGCGCCCACUUCCUUCAGCAUCAAGUUGCAGGGCAGUGGUAG